UUCUUUUCAAGGAGACAGAAGGGUGUGUUUGAGAUAAAUUUGUCAAUUGUGUAGUUUCUUAAAAAGGGUGUCUCCUUCUAUUGCCCUAAAGCUAAAGAACAACCAUUUUUAUUUUUUCUAUCGCCUCUCUCUUUCUGGAUUACCACUUGUACUUUCAAUGGAAGUGAACCAUUAUAUUGGAAGGAUGGAAGGAGAAGCAAAGGUGUCAUCAGAAAAUAAUCAGAAAGGAAGGUUCCAAAGAAUAUGUGUCUUCUGUGGUAGUAGAGUUGGGUAUAAGUCUUCAUUUAGUGAUGCAGCUCUUGAGCUCGGAAAAUUGCUGGUUGAAAGGAAGAUUGAUUUGGUUUAUGGAGGAGGAAGAUUAGGACUAAUGGGUUUGAUCUCUCAAACUGUGCUAAAGGGAGGUUGCCAUGUUCUUGGCGUGAUUCCUCAAGCUCUGCUGCCUCGUGAGAUAUCUGGGGAAACUUUUGGAGAAGUGAAAACAGUUGCAGAUAUGCAUGAAAGGAAAUCAGUGAUGGCUAAACAUGCUGAUGCGUUCAUAGCCCUUCCUGGAGGCUAUGGAACCAUGGAAGAGUUGAUGGAGGUGGUAGCCUGGUCCCAACUAGGAAUACAUGAUAAACCAGUAGGUUUGCUGAAUGUAGAUGGGUAUUUCAACUGCUUGCUGACCUUAUUUGACAAGGGAGUGGAAGAGGGUUUUAUAGACAUCUCUGCAAGGCAUAUUGUGGUCAUAGCAGACACAGCAGCAGAACUCAUAAGGAAAAUGGAGGAAUAUGUUCCCAACCAUCAAAAGGUUGCACCAAGACAAAGUUGGGCAACGGACCAAUUAUUAUUAGAGUCAGCUGAAACAAGGGAGACCCUAAGAUCUUAGUUCUGCAUCAUCCUUAUGCAUAAAGAACAUAUAAAGCAAGUAACAAAGAGAAAAAAGUCUCAUUUACUCUCUAGCGGAAAUCUCAAGAUUCCUCAUUAUUAAGCAUGAAACGUGCAUGUUCAAAUCAAUUGAAUAAUACUAAAUUUAGUUUGAAUAUGUUUCCCUGAAAGGCCCAUUGACUCUGUCAUUAAAAUAUGUACCAUUACUAAGGUGGGGAGAAAAUAGGAAGAUAAUGUUGUUGUUAAUUAAGACUAUUUUUAUGGGGAAGGGUCACGGACCCGUCCACUUGUGCUCUUUGUUUUAUUUAUAUGAAGAAGUUGUUUGUUAA